AGUACUCUAAUUACCAUCGGUGGUAAAUUGGAAAUGUCGUCGUCAGAUCCGUAUGAGUGUCUAGCAAAUGAGAGUAAAAUUAUCGAAAAGCACACUGAACAAAGGCUGCAAAAUGAUCACCGAAUGGAUAAUCUUAUUCUUUUAGUAUAUGUAGUGCUUCUAACUCUUUCUGUCAUAACAAUUUGGGCUUUUAAACAUAGACGCUUUCGAUAUAUCCACGAAACUGGCCUUUCAGUGGUAUAUGGACUGGCCGUUGGUCUUAUACUUAGAUAUGCUAUAAAAUCUUCAAAUUAUACCGUGGAGAUGCAUGUGUUUUCACGGAAAAAUGAUGAAGCGUGCGGUGGUCGUUUGCCUCCAGAGAGACUGAUUAUUGAGUUUCCUGUCCGUGACCAGUACGGAAAGUUCAAUUUAAGCAUGUCGUUCCGGUACAAAUUCGAGCAGCAAUCGGAUUUCAACUCUUUAAUCAACAACAAGGCUACGUUCGACCCGGAAUUCUUCUUUAAUGUUUUACUUCCUCCUAUAAUUUUCUCAGCAGGUUAUAGUAUGAAACGCGGCUACUUUUUCAAAAAUAUUGGAGCCGUUCUUACUUAUGCAUUUGGUGGUACUUUGUUGUCCGCUCUAGUUGUUGGAACCAUUUGCUAUGGCUUCACCCGUGGAAUUACUUCAUUGUCUCAAACGUUGCGUCUCUCAGACUGCCUUUUGUUUGGAGCUAUUAUAUCUGCUACUGAUCCUGUAACUGUUUUGGCCAUCUUUAGUGACUUGAAAGUUGAUGUCAACUUGUAUGCACUCGUAUUUGGUGAGAGUGUUCUUAACGAUGCUUUAGCAAUUGCCUUAGCCCAGUCGAUCGAGAAAUAUGGAUCAAUUUCUGCUGGUAAUUUCGAUGGCCACGCUUUCCUGUCUUCUGUGUUAAACUUUUUUAUAAUGUUUGGAGGUUCAUUCGUCACUGGCGUUUCUAUUGGCUGUGUAACGUCUCUUCUUACAAAAUUUACACACAUCAAGGAGCAUCCUCUACUGGAAACAGCUUUGUUUGUUCUAAUGUCUUAUAGCACAUUUCUUUUUGCUGAAACUGUUGGGUUUACGGGUAUUGUUUCCGUGUUGUUCUGUGGUGUGACUCAAGCACACUACACUUAUAACAACCUAUCCCAGGAAUCUAAAGUAUGGACAAAAUCUUUUUUUGAACUACUUAACUUCUUGUCGGAAAACUUUGUUUUCGCAUAUAUCGGUGUUUCAACGUUUACUUUCCCUCAUCAUUAUUGGAAUGCUCGAUUUGUAUUUAUCGCAUUGUUCUCAUGUGUAAUUGCUCGGGCAGUCAGCGUAUAUCCACUUACAGCCCUCAUCAACUUUUGUCGAACUUAUCAGUGUUCCUGUUCUGCGAAAUGUUUGAAGCGAAAGUUUGGUUCCAAUUCUCAACUGUCUUACUCUAGUGAUAAACAUAUUGUGCCUGGAUCAUCAUUUUUGUCGAAUUCAAUUGAUUCAGGUAGUGUCGCAGUUACUUCAGCUGAUAAUAACAGGAAGGAUAAAUCUAACAAAAUCACUUUAAAUUUUCAACAUAUGAUCUUUUUCUCAGGCCUUCGGGGUGCCAUGGCUUUUUCAUUAGCGAUUCGCAAUACAAGUUCUGAAAUACGUCGGAUGUUUUUUUCAACGAUUAUUGUAAUAGUUAUGACUACGGUGUUAUUGGGAGGUUGUUUUGCCAUAUCGUUACUUCACAGAUUGCAGAUACCUGUUGGUGUAGAUUGCAACAGUAAAAACCAAGUAAGUCAUGAAGUGAAUCUCUUGCCAUUGUUUUUUGAUUCCCAUAACUUUAUGCUUAUGCAUAUGAGUUUGGAUUCGAUUAGAAUUUAUACUGAAAACAAGUUAGAAAUAGUGAUGAUCUUUUUAGUAAGAUAAAUAGUUUAUAAAAAUCAUGAUUAACUGACUACCAAUAGCUACACAAUAAUGUUGAGGUUGUACCCGAUUCAUCAGAAAUAAACUUAGUCAAUGUUUUGACCAGUCGGUCAGUACGUAAUUUUCAACCCUUUUUAGUUAUUUAUGUUAAACAUUCUGGUGAAAACAGAUAUUUUAUUUAUCACAAAGAAAUGGAUUUUAUGGUUAAUUAUAUAAUAUAAGGUAGAUAAGUAGGUACCAAUUAAUUGAAUCUUAUUGCAUUUAAUUAAGCAAAACUUUCCUUCCAAUCUUUCUGAUAAUUCACUAUCAUCAACGCUUGGUAGCUCGUUAUUAGUACAUGUGUGUAAUUAAUCUAGAUUUCUCGAAAUAUAGCUAGUGUCUUCUUGUUUGAGUUUAUUUAAAUUGUGACAUUUACUGAGAGAUAAUUAUAUGUACAAAUUCUAGGGUAUUAUGACAUCAAAUUUAUUAACUGGUAAAAAUAGCAUCGUAGGCACUGAUUCAAAUUUUUCCGUGAGUGUUAAAAGAUUUAUUCGAAAUAGUGUUAAUUAGCUAGUUUCAAACCAUAUUCCGUAAUAUUCUUUUCAAUAUACCGGUUACGUCAUUGGUUAAGUUAGAAAAUAACUUUGCAUACUACUUAGUCAUCCAUUUUUAAGAAAAAACAUGUGGCUUGUCAUAUUAAUUUAUCAAUCUUCAUAACUACACUUACUUUGGAAGCUAGAAUCCAAGUAACUAAAUAAUUAUGCUUCAGAAGUUAAUUUUAAGUAACCCACAAUAAUAUAUUUUUUAGCUUAAACAUAUGAGAAGUGUUCUAAUCUCCUAGCUUGUCUGACUUUUCCUAACGUGGUGUAUUAUUAUCGCCUUUAUUUUAAUGUCAAAUCAAAACCGUGAUGAUUAUUCUUUCUAGCCGCAUACAGAUACGGAAGAAGAUUUGGUUGAUGAUCAUAGUUGCUGUAGUUCUCAUUGGAUGAGUUUCGAUAAAUUCUAUUUGAAACCAUUACUUACACACAGCACUCCACCACUGACCGAAUCAUUACCAUCAUGUUGUUAUAAAUUUGCCAAAUUACUUACAACUUUUGAACAAAAAAGUGGGACAUUUGUCAAUAACGAUAGAAAUAAUAGUUACCCUGACAAUUUUAAACGUGACAGUACUACUGUAUUUUAUUCCAAUGAGAAGGCAUCAAUCAGUUCUACACUCAGUAUGAAUACUGUUAAAGUGCAACCUGUGGAACUUGGUGAUGGAAAGAAUUUUCAUGAUCCACUCUAUUUCAAUGAAGUUAUGUGAAUAAAUAUACGGCGAAUUAUGGAAAAUUAAAAAAGAAACACUGGUAAUUAGCAUCAUCAUCAUCAUCUCUGAAAAGAAAGCACUUGUCAUUAAUGCAUUUUCUUUCCUUCGUCGUUGGUAUUUUUCUCGCUCUCUCUCUCCCUCCCUCAUAAUCUAUUAGAUUUGACUGUCCAUGACUGAAAAUUCCAUUUAUAUGUUUCUAUUUACCUUUUAUAUAAAUAUGCGCAGACAUAUUAUAAUAAAGAGCACUGAUACAUAUUUGAUGAAGAAAAAUACACUGAACAGUAGAUGGGGAUUAUUCAUAAAUGAAUAACCGUUUAGUUUGGUUUGUUUGCAUGUGUUUGUUAAUUUCAAGCUAUCUUAUCAUUUUUUUUUCCUGUUUUUACCUUCCUUGUAUACAUUCUUCUAUUAUGCACUAUUGUCCCAUAUGCAUCCGUUGGUAGAGAAAUAUUUAUUUUCUUUAAAAAAAACAGUUAACAUCUUUACGUCCAAUUACUCUGUGAUUUAUUGAUUUCAUUCCGUAGAUUAAAAAUAAUUUAAUAGUUAAAAAGAGUCAUGUGUUACUUUCAUUUCAUUUUGUUUCCUACUAUACUUGUAAAUACUGUUAUUUGUGUUGUUGCUAAAUGUCAUUUACUAAUAAUUAAUUACACAUUGUAAUAUUCUUUUGAAAUAUUAUUUUUGUAUAUUUUGCCAGUCUGUUUAUAUUUGUUUGUUCACUUGAUCAAGUGCAUUGAAUCAUUACUAUUGGAAAUUUUAUUUUAUUUAAGUGUUUUCAUGAGCUUUGACAAAAAAGAUUCUAUUUUACUUUUUAACUGAAUGUUCACAUAUACAUGCAUGUAUCAUAUAUAUGUGUAUCAUAUACUAAAACUCCACUUG